AAACGAGAUGAAGAAACAACCAUGGACAGAAUGCAUGUAUAUAAAUACAAAUUCGUGGAGAAUAUAUUGGACAAUGGUGCUUAUAUCCCAGAGAACAAAUGUUUCUGCCGUCAUGGAUAUUGCUUAAAACCUGGCUUAAUUGAUGUCACCGACUGUUACUAUGGAUUUCCAAUUGCUCUCUCGUAUCCGCACUUCUACAAGGCUGAUCCGAGCAUCUUGGAAGCUGUCGAAGGGUUGAAUCCAAAUCCUGAUCUUCAUGAAUCUUUUCUCUAUGUUCAACCAAAGUCAGGUCUACCUUUGAAAUUCGCGUUCCGUUUUCAAAUCAACAUGGCUUUGCAAAAUAUCGGUCACAUGUCCAGAGUGGAGAAAUUCGAAAAUUUCGUGCUACCGUUGCUGUGGUUCGAAAUCGGAAUGUCCAAGUUGCCAAUGUCGAUGCUAGUUCGUUUUUGGUUCUAUUUGAAUUUCUUACCAGUUCUCCAGAGUGUUUUGAUUUAUCUCUCGAUGCUCGCCGGUUUUGUACUUAUAAGCCUUUGUAUUCGCAAGAUCAUUAUAUGCCAGUCGACAGAAUCGACGUUGACCCGACAGUGGCUCAGUUCUGAAAUAAAAAGCAAAAAGAUACAAAUUUUGAAUAAUAGGCGAAUGUCGUGUAAGAUCGACGAAAUGGACAGUUCGUUAAUCGAGUCGAAGAAUGAGAAGGUACUUGAAACGGCACUGGAUUUACCAUCUUUGAAAGAAGACAUCGUGUAA